UUCCACCUCACCCACCAUAAAAUGCCACGUGUUAGUUUUGCAUAAGCUAACCGAUCAAAUUGCGAUUCGCCAAACGCUUAUAAAAUAUGAACCCCAUAAUAGACAAAGGGGGAUCCUACAUAUACGCCCUUUUUCUAUUCCAUUAGCUCGAGUGGCCCUCCCCGUAAUUAUCACCAGAUACGUGUCCUUUUUUUGGCUAUUUCAAUUUUCCGACAUAUCUGAUCUGUUACGGAAAAACAAGUUCAACAUGGUACAUAAGCGGCCUUUUAUCGAGGAUGUAUUUGAGGUUUCAUGCAAGCAACCAAGACAAGCAGAACAUAGUAAUCAAUGGGUUUUAUCUUCUGAACCCCUUUUUCCUGAAGACGCUGCCCCGUUUUCUAAUGCUUCAGGUGAGGGCAGAUUCACAAAUGUUAACACCAAGUGCGAUGAAAAGCUUGCAAAUGCCAUUGAUACUGAACACCAAGGAAAUCCUGAGGAUUUAGAAGCCAAUAUUCCUGGCUGCAUUGCCAUAUCUUUCCUGGGCACCUCUAGCACUCAUGAAGAAGACUUGUGGCCGGAUGAACCACUUCACAUGCCUUCAUUUGCAGAAUGUUUUAACCCUGAACGUCCAGUAAGGACAGUAGCUCGUUUGGAAGACAUCUAUUCUAUACUUUUGCAAUACCCUCCAAGGAAACCAGUUCUUGUUGGUCCUAAUUACCAAGCAGAUAUUCCUGAAUGGGACUCGCAGGUCACUAGGAAUGCUUCUAAUUGUGAGGAGGUAUCUGAAACCGCUAGCAGAUAUGAGAGAGAAAUGGUUGGAACUUGCAUAAUACCAAUUCCUGCCUUAGAGUCUUCUGCUUAUGAUGAAAAAGUUGGACAUGGAAGAACUAAUUGUAGUUGUGAGGACAAGGAUUCUGUUAGGUGUGUCAGACAGCACAUUUUGGAAGCAAGAGAGGAACUACGAAAAUCCCUUGGGCACGAGAGAUUUAUGGAGCUUGGUUUUUAUGACAUGGGUGAGGUAGUGGCAGAGAAAUGGAGUGAGCAUGAGGAACAGCUAUUCCAUAAAGUUGUAUUCUAUAAUCCAGCAUCCUUGGGGAGGAAUUUCUGGGGCAGCCUUGCUUCUGUCUUUCCUCAUCGAACCAAAGCAGAUAUUGUCAGCUAUUAUUUCAAUGUGUUUAUGCUGCGGAAGAGAUCUGAGCAGAAUAGAUGUGAAUCAAUGAGUAUCGAUAGUGAUAACGAUGAGUGGCAAGGGACCGAUGAUUCUGGCAACAAUGAAGCUGAGUUCUCAGAUGAAGAUGAGGACUCUGUUGUUGAAUCACCUGUAUGUGACGAGGAUUUUGCUCAUCAUCAUAGCAAGGAAAAUGGCUUGUGUGUUCUUGAUGAGGAUAUUGCAGACGAAAUUUGUGAUAACCAAAGUUCAGAUUUUGCUAUCAAAGAUUCAGAAACAUAUGGUGGAAAGUUGUUUAGAAACUGUGGUUCUGAUCUCAUGGAUCAGGUGCAUGGGAACACCUUGAACGAUGUCGCCCAAGGAGAAAGAGAAGUCCAAGAUGACUCAUGCACAUCAUCUGAUACAGGGGGUGCUUCACAAGAAACCCAUGUCCCUGCUGACAACUUCAAUGGUGGUAACCGUGGAUAUGUCUUGGAACCAUGUUAUCCCAAAGGAUGGGAUACCAGAUAUCCAACUUGCCAAACGAAUUUCAGAGAUGAUUCAUGAUAUUAGAGAUGAGAAAAAUAAAUAAAAGAGCAAUUUUGGAUUAAAUCAUAGGAGUUUUUCCCUUGGCUGAUUGAAUUCUCAUCAAUCAAUCAUUCACAUAUAAUACAAACAUGCCUUCAUUGUAACAUAGAGAAUUGUAGGUGGUUGGGUUUCAUUCUUUUUGGUUUGGGGGGGUACUUUUAAGGUAAAGCUAUCUAUUAUCUUUUAUGAGACUUCCACUGAUUUUUAUCCCAUUAUACUUGGGAAAAUAUAGAUGUGGUGGCUGCUAAUUUAAUUAAUUUUUUUAAAAUUUAAAAAUAAUAAAAAUAUUUUUAUAUUUUU